UCAGAGCAGAGCAAAAUCAUGUACUAACGCACAGCACUGCUAAAUCAUCAAUCCCCAAAAUCCAAUCUUCCACAGAAGACAAAAUGGUGUCUUCAAAUACAGAAACCCAACUCACUUUAACCCUCCACGCCGAAUUCCUCCCCAACAUCCGCCAAACAACCCUCUACAUCUCCCUCCCCACGAACCUCGACCCGAUCAUCUCCCUCUCCGAGUCCCGUCGCGCAGUGACAGUUUCCCUCCCAGAACCAUAUGACGAUGUAUCGGAGACGAUCAAGCUCCCCGCGCGCGUGAAUGAUGCGGCCCGGCGCGUUUUGGAGGGGCAACAUACUGGAGCUGGGAAUGGGACUCGUGAGAAGGGAGGAUCAGGAUCAGGACCAGGGCCAGGGAGUGGGAACCGGGAAGAAAGGGAAUUAUCGUUCAGAAUGCAGAUCGAUCCCGAUGAUACAGGCGGCGGGUUACUACGUCCUGAGGAUGAAGUCACGAACGAGGAAUACGUUCCCUGGAUGGCUGGUGAUAUGGGCUCAUAUACUCGGCUAGGGUGUCGGGGGUGCGGAAAUGUGGUUUUGGAUUGUUCGCCUACGCCUGCACCUGGUAAUACUGGUAGCGGGUGGGUGUGGAAAGACCUGCCUAGUGGGAAUUGGGCGGAGAUGAUGGAUUUCUGGCAUUGUCACAAGCCGGAUACUCACGACCAUGAUCAUGGCGAUCAUACGGUGUCGAUUGAGGAGCGAAACUCGCAGGUUAAAGGCUAUGGAGCUGCCAAUCAGGUCGUGGCGAGUUCAAGGACAGGGCUUGUUGACGUGGCGACGUUUUUGGUCGCUGAGGGGGAUUGUAGGGGAUUAAAGAUCCAAAACGAGAUAUCUAAGACAACGAGUAUAACCUGCACACAAUGCAACGCCCUGAUAGCCCUGGAAGACCCGAUAGCCAACGGCUGGCGACUCCUCAAAGCAGCCUUGUCCGCGUACACCCCGACCAAGCCUGAAGAAGACACAACCGAAGAAAAAGGAACAUGGCAAACCCACCCCACAGAAACAGUGGUAGCAGCACAACUCCUCGAACUCGUCGAGCGAGAAAGUGCCCGCCGCUUCGUCGUCCACACCGGCGGGAAAGGUGGCCUUCUCCUAUGGGUCUUCAACCCCGACCUCCGCUACUCCACCACCAGCACCACAAAAAGCAACACCACAACCGCCCGCCGCGGCAUGAAAAUCCUCUACCAAGAAACCUCCAAUACCGAAGACCUGCUCAGCCCUGAAAACGGGAAACCGUCAUCGUUAUCGCUUGAGGAACUUGAGUUACCGAGUGAAAUCUAUAAGAGUGUUUAUCAGACGCUGGGGGAACGGAAUGCGAUAUUACCGGUUUCUGCAAGGGGGUUUCGGGAGUGGAGGGUUGGGAUUUUGGAGAGAUUUGAACGUCUGAAUACAAAUUGAGUGGUGCUUGGAUUGGUGGGGGUUUGGGCGUGGUAUGGCAUGGAUGUUGUGUGAUGUACAAUGAUAAGGGAGAGGGAGAAGGCUGUGGUUACGCAAGGGCAGGGGAUUGCUUUUUCGGGGAUCUUAUCACCGCUUCUUCGACUUUGCUCGCUCUUUGGAUUCAUUCAUCUCCCUUAUGAUUGAGUUUUGAUCAAAUCGAAGGGUAACCCUUAUUACCACGAUCCACGCUGCAGUG